GGUAUCCAAACUCCCGUGUGCGCCGUUUCGGGCGCCAAAUACAUGACUGAUGAUGGUUGGGUGGACUUGCGAAACGCGGCGGACGCGGACGUGCCGUUCAGGCUGUACAGGGAGGAAGGUCGGGCGUUUUUGCAGUGGUCCGGAUAUGGAGAGCUGCGCAACAAGUUGGCCGGCAGAUUGGUAUUGAUCAACCUUAUGUGUCGAGAAAUAGCAGAUGAAGAAGAAUCGACCGAUUUUCCCAGAAUCCAAAUGCUAUUCUCGCCGUGCGUCGCCUUCCGAGUGGUCGGAACGCCGAUUAAACAACCACUCACCAACGUUAGUGAGGUAGCUUUCGUGCAAGAUCAAGCGCUGGGAAAGGAAGCGACCGGCGGGGAUUCGCUCAGCGUGACGGAAUACGUCGCCAUAGGGGUGUGUUCGAUACUCCUGGGGCUCAUCUACGUGGCUUCGGUGUUCCUCUAUCUCCACCUGAAGAAGAAGAAAUCGAACUCGAGGGCGUCGGGUAUCAGCCGGAGGAGCAGCCGAAGCGUAAGAGACAUCGAAGAGGGGAUUAUAAAGAGCAAUCCGCUGUUGAGCAUCGGUUCUCAUUUCCUGACUGGCGAUGCCGGCUACAGCGAUACCAACAGCUCCGAUAACGAUCCCGCGCCCGAUAUUAUCAAGCAGCACGAGGAUAGAAAGAAACAAAUUACAGCGCUCGUUCACUCGCAGAAACACUACAGCCUGGCAUCGCGACUGUCCUCGUUCUCGGCCUUCGACGGCUUCCACCACGACUCCAACACCAACGAGCGCAUACCGGACGAGAACGUCUCCAUCGUGGAGACGCUCGACGUGCGCGAAGACAAGCCGGAGAACAUCAAAGCCAUCGCCGGCUCCACCAGGAAGAAGCUCUACUUCAAUCCGGCCUACUUCGAGCCGCACCUGUUGCUCGAGCCGCCGCCGGCGGCCUUGGAGUUCCUCACGAAGAUCCGCGAGGUGAUCGCCUCGGCCAAGCAGAAGCUGGCGACGAAGCGCUUCAACCCGACGCUGUUGAACAUCCCCGAGGAGGAGACGCACUACGCCAUCGACUCGCUGUACGGGCUGCUCGAUCCGGCCAUGAGCCGGCGCAGCAGCAUCAUCAGCCUGAAGCGCGAGAACAGCAGGAGGCGGACGUGCUCGGGUUGUCCCGGUUGCGACGGGCUGCAGGCCAAGCUGCCCGAGCUGCCGUCGCUGGUGGCCUGCCAGAAUUGCACGUUGACUUCGAACGAGUCGAAGCAGCGCAUCAGGAAGUGGCUGGAGGACGUUCCGAGCAAAUCCGACGGGAAUUCGAGCAAGGAGAGCGUUUGCCCCAAGACGGUCAGGUCGCCUCAGGAGGUUAAACGACCGCCUAGCUUCAAAUUGAAGAAACCCGUGGAACAACCGCCGCCGCCUCCUGUUAGUUACAAUAGUAGAACCAACGAGGAGAAUUACUACUACUCCAUUUCGUUGGAGGAUAAAGAUAAAGGUAAAAAUUGUAAUACUAUAUCGAAGCUUCCUCCUCCUGAUAUGAUUCACGAGGCAAUGGCGUUCGAUAAGACCGAAGAGAAAGUGGCUACUCUUACUAAGGAGCAAAUGAAGGCUGUUAUAUACGAAUUUACCAAACACAAAACUCUAUUGGACUACAAAGGACACACGGAAUACGAAACGGACAGUUUAGAAAGGAACCCGCAUAGGAAAGGUUAUUCUACCCCAUCGGAAUACGCCGAAGUUCCAUCGUCCCAGCCGAGCCCGAGCCUCAGCUCCGUGUUGCCCGAUCACGAAGAAAUGACCAUAAGAAACGCCAUAUUCAACAAACACUCGGUGGUGUCCAAAAUCGACACGGACCCGCAGCAAGAAGACGACCACGACUACGAGCUGAUCGUCGUCAAAAAAGGCUCCGCCUCGAACGAAACCUACAACCUCUCCGAUCUGCUGCAGAUCCAGAAGAACAAAGGCUACAACCUGGUCAGCGAGGUGUACGUGAACAACGGCUACAACUACGGCAGCGCCCCCUCGACGCCGAGCAACUCGCGCUACUCCUCGUUGGACAUGAAGCAGCUGAAGGUGAAGUACGAGGGCACCGUGGAGAAGCCCGGCAAGUUGCUGAUCGAAGUCGAGGACUGCAUGGACCAUUACAUACCGGUGGACGAAUCCGACGAAUUCGAGCAGGACACCCUCGACAGGAAGCCCAACAGGUGUUCGAAGCGAAGCGAACCGCCGGCUCGCAACGUCGUCGGCAGCAGCGCGAGCUUUCGCAGCGCCGAAUCCCCGCACGAUUCCUGCGAGUACUCGGGCAGCUUCAACAGGAUGUUCGGCAGCUUGAGGGAGAUCUACGAGGCGCGCACGAAGGGCGGGUUCGAUAAGUACGCCCCGAAGUGGAUCAGCGACGACGAGAAGGGCAGGAUACUGACGUUGGAGGAGAGACAUUCGAAGAGGCAACGAACUAGAGAGAAUCCCGUUCCACCCGAUGUUGUUCCACCGCCACCGUUAGACGGGAACGUCGUGUACGAUAACGUGGAGAUUCCCAAAGGGAUGAAACUCAUGGAUUCGAUCUAUAAACCGAACGCCUCGACCAGCCAUCGAUCGAGCGGCUCGUCGGGCUCGCCGGACUCGCGCACCGACGAGUACAAGCUCUGCCUGCUGCAGAAAUCGAAGAAGAACGGCAACAUCACCAGCCUGAUCCGCACCGAGGACUUCGUGCUGAAGAAGGGCCACAAGGACCAGUUCGUCUUCCGAUCGGUGGUCGACGCCCGGCCGAAUCUGCCCGACAAGCGGACGUGGCCGACGACGACGCUGCGGCCCGAGGACUCCGGCUACCUGAGCUCCGACUCGAACGAGUCGCGCUUCCACCGCGUCAAGGUGACGAUGCUGGAGGCGCCGGCGGCGACGACGGGGGGCGGCAGCGAGACGGACGAGAGCCUGGGCGACGGGCAGAGCGAGUCGGGCGCCGAGAGCGUCGAGACGCAUUCGGUGUUCUUCGGGCGGUUCGAGGGGAAUUCGGCGGGAUUGAGCGGGUACGGGUCGAUGGAUAGCGGCGUCAUCGGCGGCGAGGAGGGGGUUUCUAGCAGCGAUUCGGAGACGGUUAGUUAUACGACUGUUAUACCGGUUGUUGCGGAGCCCUAGGUUCACUGUAAAUAGUAAUUUUGCUGGUAAAAUGGUAGUAAACAAUUCACCGGAUGUGUCUCAUCGAAGAAACUAUGUAGAAGAUUAAUCUAAAAUAAUUUAAAAUACGCAGGAUUUUACAAGUGCAAUUGCUUCAAAGCAGCGAGAUUUUUUACCUUAAUAUUUUUAAAUACAUUAUACUUAUACAGUUUUAUAUACGUUUACAUUAUACAUGGUAAUAUUUUGCAAUAUAUAUGUGAUAUAUCUAUAUUUUGUGGCCGGAUGUGCAAUAAUUUAGUUGUAAGAUUGAAAGCUCAAUUUCAAUGGUAGAUUAUAAACAGAUUUGUCCAAAACGAUUAAUUUAGCGAUAUAAAUGGCGUAGUCAAAUGGGGAAUAAGUGUGAGAAACACCCAGAAGAUUCAAAAUUCCGGGAAUUCUUCUCCUAUUUCGACUAUGUCACAAAUUAAAACGAUUUUUUCGUCGCGUGUUCGAUGAUUGGCAUAGAAAUUUCGCGCUUUGAAAUUUGAAAGCUACGACGCCAAAUACAAACUUACAUUUAAGUAACGAAGUGCAAUAAUUUUUAUUGAUACGUUGAUUUUUUUGUUGUUAAACGUACUAUCGACGAAGUGCAAUUUUUCGAGUGCAAUAUUUUUAGUCGUUUGUUGUAGUUGUAGAUAUUUAUUUGGAAUUUAAUCAAUAAAUUUCUUGUUUAUUGGUCGAAUUUCGCCUCUUACUGUAUAUUUUAAUAUAAUUUAGUAUAGGUAAUUUGUUCAAUGUUGAAGCAAAAUUUGUUAAAUUAUAUAGAAUGUAUUGCAAGUUUUUUUCGCCCGGUAACCGGAAAAUUUUGUACAAUUAAUUCAAAUUUAAUUGCUAUACAAAUGUAAUUACAGUACGAUGGGUAUAACAGUAGACAUAAACAACCACUGCGCAUUAUACUCUCGCGUCUACAGCUAUUCCUGUUGGCCUGUACAUAGAUUAAAACCUAAAUUAAUUUAUUUAAUAUACGUUCAAGUUCGCAAACGCAACUGGUUUUUCCUGUUGUAAUACAUUUUGUGCUAAUGUAAAUAACAGGUAAAUGCAAAACUUCAAAGUACCUGUGAUGUACAGUAUAAGAAAUUUUAAUCAAUUUUUAUUCUUGUUUUUUUUUUAUUGUUUUGCUUAAAGAGUUUGUUUUAUUUUAUUCUCAGAAAUCGGAUAUUUAUCGCGACUGCAUGUAUUUUUUCGUAAGAAAUAUUUUUAAAUAAAUAGCUCCAAAAACACAUUAGUUUUUAGUGAAAUUGUACAAUUCGCAUAUCUUCAAAUACAAGCUGUCCGUAUCCCGCUCGGAAUCCACCAAGUUUCGCCUCAACUCCCGACUGUCCUUUCCUUCCGCCCUGAUCAAAAUAUCCGCCAUUUUCAGUUCUUUCGCGAUGGAUUUUUCGAAUUUUCCCAGCAACUCGGCAACGUCCGCGCUCGUCACGCUCGAUUUUAUUUCGUACGCUUCGAAUAUCUCCUCCGGUAUGAUUAUCGCACCGGGAACUUGCCGAUGAAGAUGAUGCAACAGCGAGAAAAGGACUUGAUUUGAA